CUGCCAUUUUGUGGCAGAGGCUACUCUGCUAAAGCGGGAGAGGGAUUAAAACAACUGCGAAGAAACCUGCAUUUCUUAUCAGCCUGGCAAACUUUGUAGCACAGACUCUCUGCUUCCGGUCGAGUUAAAGGGGAAGAGAAACACAGAAAAAAGAGUUCCUACCCAGUAUGGACAGAGGGCCAACAGAUGGUGUAGGGGUGGUGGAGGUCCCCUCAAUCCAGGCCAUUCACAGCCAAGAUGCCAUGGUGGCCGACCUCCUCCAGCAGGCUGCAGAGGCCGGCGGAGUGGUGGAGGGACAAGGAGGAGUCCUCCUGGAACAAGGUCACGGGGCAGGGAUGAUGGCAGCCAACCAGGCCCAUCAUCAGCUGAUGGAGGGUGGAGCUGGGGUUGAAAUGAUGGUUAUGGACUCCCUGGAUCCCACCCUGCUGCAGAUGAAGACUGAGGUGAUAGAUGCUGCAGUGGGGGGGUCAUCAGUAGCAGGGGCUGCUCACCAAGCAACUGUAACAACAGUGGACCAGACUCAAAUCAUCACACUACAGGUGGUGAACAUGGAGGAGCAGGCAGCUCUGGGUCUGGGGGAGCUCCAGCUGGUCCAGGUUCCUGUUUCUGCCUCCACUGUGGAGGCCCUGCAGCAAGGCACCUUUGUAGACACCACAGCCAUGCCAAAGGACGGCGACCCGGUCAUCUGCCACACCCUGCCACUGCCGGAGGGUUUUCAGGUGGUGAAGGUUGGAGCGAAUGGGGAGGUUGAAACAGUGGAGCAGGAGGAGGGAGAAGCCCCCACUGAAGAGCAGGAAGAAGAGGAGGUGGGGAACCAAAUGCUGGAAGAAGUGGAGGAUGAACACAUUCAGCCUCAAAACGAGGACCUAAACUGGGCUAAAGACCCCGACUAUCAGCCCCCAUCUUCAUCUCUUAGGAAGAUUAAAAAGGGUAAGAAGAGUCGCCUGCGUUACGGUGAAGGAGAUAAGGACAUGGACGUCAGUGUCUAUGACUUUGAAGAGGAGCAGCAAGAAGGCCUCCUGUCUGAGGUCAAUGCUGAGAAAGUAGUCGGCAACAUGAAACCACCCAAACCCACCAAGAUCAAGAAGAAAGGAGUGAAGAAGACGUUUCAGUGUGAGCUGUGUAGCUACACCUGCCCCCGCCGCUCCAACCUGGACAGACACAUGAAGAGUCACACGGACGAGAGACCUCACAAAUGUCACCUGUGUGGAAGAGCCUUCAGGACCGUCACCCUGCUCAGAAACCAUCUCAACACACACACUGGAACCCGCCCACACAAGUGCACAGACUGUGACAUGGCUUUUGUGACCAGUGGGGAGUUGGUGCGUCAUCGUCGCUACAAACACACACAUGAGAAACCCUUCAAGUGCUCCAUGUGUGACUACGCCAGUGUGGAGGUGAGCAAACUAAAGCGCCACAUCCGGUCCCACACCGGAGAGCGUCCAUUCCAGUGCAGUCUCUGUAGCUACGCCAGCAGAGACACGUACAAGCUGAAGAGACACAUGAGAACACACUCUGGAGAGAAACCUUACGAGUGCUAUAUCUGCCACGCCCGAUUCACCCAGAGUGGAACCAUGAAGAUGCACAUCCUGCAGAAACACACAGAGAACGUGGCCAAGUUCCACUGUCCACACUGCGACACUGUCAUCGCACGCAAGAGCGACUUAGGAGUCCAUCUGCGUAAGCAGCACUCUUUCAUCGAGACUGGGAAGAAGUGUCGUUACUGCGACGCCGUUUUCCAUGAGCGCUACGCUCUGAUCCAGCAUCAGAAGUCCCACAAGAACGAGAAGAGGUUCAAAUGUGACAUGUGCGACUACUGUUGCCGCCAGGAGCGUCACAUGGUCAUGCACCGCCGAACCCACACUGGAGAGAAACCGUACGCCUGCAGCCAGUGUGAGAAGACCUUCAGACAGAAGCAGCUGCUGGACAUGCACUUCAAACGCUACCACGACCCCAACUUUGUCCCCACCGCCUUCGUCUGCCCCAAGUGCAACAAGACCUUCACUCGCAGGAACACCAUGGCUCGCCACUCUGAGAACUGCAACGGUGAGGUGGACGAUGCAGAGAAUGGAACUCCAACCCCGAAGAAAGGGAGGAGAGGAAGGAAGAGGAAGAUGAGGAGCAGGAGGGAUGAGGAUGACAGCGAGGAGGAUCAUGCAGAACUGGAGGAGGACGAGGACGAAGAUGAGGGCGACGGUGACGGUGAGGAGGAAGCACUGCUACAAGAAGAGGAGGAGCCAGAGGGCAUGGAACUGGACCAGGCUCCUGCUGCCAUCCCAGUCCCGGCUCCUGACGAGCCACCGGUCAAAAGGAAACGAGGCCGGCCCCCAAAGAACGCACCCAAGCCCCCGACACCCAGCAAGUCUGCCAGGGUGGCUGCCAAGGCUGCAGCUUCUGCUGCUGCCAUCAUUCAGGUGGAGGACGAGAGCACCGGAGCGGUGGAGAACAUCAUCGUGAAGAAGGAGGAGAGCGACGGCUCUGCAGCCCCUCUGGAGCACGAGGGAUCCCUGACGGUGGAGGGGGUGGGGCUGGACGGGGAGGGGGUGGAGACUGUGGAGCUGUCGGUGAAUGAGGAGACAGCAGCCGCCGCCAACGGAGACCUGACGCCAGAGAUGAUCCUCAGCAUGAUGGACCGGUGAACCCGACGCACUGGACCCUGAGUAAAACUUGCAAACACAUUUAACCCCCCCCCAUAUAGCAUCUACGUCAGUUCCUAAUGCCAUUCUGCAUUCAUUAGAGGAGCUGCUAAAGCAACCGUGCAAAAGAAGGGAAGCCGCAUGUAAAUACUCACUAAAGUAACUUCACUGGUGUUUGUGGGUCUCACACACUUACACACACAGCAUAGCAGACCCCCUCCUCUCCCACUACACAGAUAUCCCAGUCUGCCCUCUGCUCUUAUUUCAGUUUGAAUGUUUUCUGAAUGAAUCAUCGUGUAUUCAAUACUUUGUUCUGUCCAAAGCCACAUCCUUUCAGUCCCUCCCCACACUCUGCAGCUCCUGCGCAGCUCUGAGAAGUAUUUGAUCACAUUUCACUUUGAUUUCCUGCUUGCUGUUCCUGCAACUAUGCUGAUUUAGCAAAUUCCAAGCCUUUGUAUGUGUAUAUAUAGAUAUAAAUGUAGUUUUUCCUAAUGAAACUUAGUAUAUGGUACUUGGGUUGAGAAACACCUUGCUGUCAGUCAUAUGAUCUGUAUCUUUUUUCCUCCUUGGCCUGUCUAACACUUGGUCCAUGCUUUGGUGUUUUAAUAGUAAGGCUUUUACAGAAGGAAGUUACAGGAUAUUUUCUUUAUUCUUGAGCAAAUGUGCAUAGGCAGAUCCAUUCAAAUGAACAGAAGUCAGUGAUAUAGAAUGAUUCUGCUUCAUGUGGAUUCACUUAAUGUUGGUCCUUCCAAGAGACUGAUGAUGAAUCAUGAUGUAGUUGGUAAAACGCUGUACCAUAGUUGUGAUCUUGGCAUAAUCAAUGAUCAUAAACUGUGGCAGGUGUUUUUGCUUGUAAAUACACAUUAGCUGUCUGAUUAUCCUAGUUGAUUUGGGGAUGUGUUGGUUGAAAUGUACUUUGAGUUGUUGUUUUUUUCACUGGUUAACAUGUUGGGGUUACUCAUGUCCUGUGCCUGUAAGGGGGUUUCUCCUCCCACAGAUGAGCCCCUCUUAACCACCCAAGCUGAAAUGAACUGAUCUGAACCACUAUCUGAGUGUUUUCUGUUGUUCAUAGAUGUGUUCAGAUACUAUUUCGACUUUUAUUAGUAGCCACUGCGUUGGUUCUGUUGAUUUGUAUGACAGGUGGUUUGUCUUUUCCUUCAAAACUGUUUGGAACGUAUCUAAAAAUGUAUGAAUUUAAGUUAGAAAAAGUUGAUGUAAUAACAACAAAACCGCCUUCUGGUUCUGUGUUUUAUACUGUUUGCUGAGCAAUGUGACUUAAUGAGGUAAUCAAGAAGCUCUGGACUAAGGCCAUGUAAGCAUUGCAGUUCCAUUAGCCCCGGCUGUUGUUCAUCUGCAGCUGAUACUGAGAUAUGUCCUCCCCAUGUCCCUGAUUUAUACAAAACAAAGGAUUAAAAUAACUGAAUCAAAGUUAGAACAAAGAGAUCACAGUAUGAUUUGAGUCGUCUGAAGAUGUAAAUCCAGAGGUAUUUCUGUGUGACCACAGGUUAUGAUGAUUGAAUGUGGCCUUCCUUUUAUAACAUGUUACAGUAACAUAGAACCAUUUAACCUUGGUUAGAUCGGCCCAGCACUGUAAAUAACCAUGGCAACAGAAAGAAAGUAAACAUUUUGUAAGAAUCUGUAAAGAAACAGCAGUUGUGUAACUGUGGUCUUUCUGUCAUUCUGUGCAACGACAACAAAAUGCCCUGUCCAUCACGCUAUCAUGUUAUGUUCUGCAGGCGGACGGACGGACGAAAGAUGGAUGUUACGCUAUUUUCAUAGCAACCACAGCAUUGUUUUUUGUUUGCACACUGCUUGUUUGUUUUGGCAGAAUAAUUGAAUAAGGUUUUGAGAUGGUUUUAAAACGUCCCUGUUUUCAGACUGAGAGAACAGCAGAAAUCUUUGUCGAUGAGACGCUGUACAGCUGAUGAAGAAUAAAAUCAUCCUUAUGUUCCCAUGACUGCCGCAUCAGUGUCUUUACUCGUACUAUUAAUAGCGCACAACGGCUCUGAUAUUCUCCAACAUGUUGCUGUUGUUCUGUAGGUAGACUGUUGGAAUGGAGGCUGUAUGAAGCUGAGCUUUCAGACUAUACAUUCAUUCAUUCUCAAUGCUCUCUUACCCAGCAAAUUAUGGUCGUCCAUUUUAUUUAAUUUCUGCCAUGAUCUCAUCUCUACAGCCAAUCAUCAUGCUGCUUUCAGAUUUUUAUCUAGAUUUUCAUAAAAAAAUAUUUACAUUUUAUUAGUCAAAUGUAUAAUCUACAAUAAAAUAAAGGUUACAAUUG